GAUUUUGGCGCUUUCUUAUCCAGCUUAUCCAACACGUGCUGAUCAGCACGUGCAGGUCAUUUUUAGGAAGUGUUAGUCUCAUUGAUAACCACAGUGCCACAAUUCCCUUUCUUUUCUUUUGUUAAUGUUUUUCUAACUAAGUGUACAGGUGGCAAGCACUCUCCGGCUCACUAUAUAAGGGGCAUCGGAACUGACCUAAUUCAGCAGUCGGACUCUCGCAGACACUCAUCUUUCACCAUGACUGGACUUCGUGCCUGCCUUCUUCUGGCCCUGGCCAGCAGCGCCAUUGCUGGUCAAGUCUAUGGCGGCCUUGGCCACAGCGUCGUCAGCUCUGGCCUCGGCUACACCAGCCUCGGCCACUCCGGCCUCGGGUAUUCCGGCCUCGGCUACUCUGGCUACGGUGGCUACGGUGGCUACGGCUACGGUUCCGGCCUCGGUUAUGGCAACGCCGUCGGUUUCGGAAACGGCUUUGGCUACUCUGGUUUGACUGGCUACACUCUUGCUGCUCCAGCUGUGCGUCGUACCGUGUCCACCUACCACGCCGCUCCAGCCGUCGCUACCUACCAAGCUGCUCCAGUCGCCACUUACCACGCUGCUCCAGCCGUGACUAGGGUGUCUACCAUUCAGGCUGCUCCGGCUGUCGCUACUUACGCCGCGGCCCCUGUCGCCACCUACGCCGCUGCCCCAGCUGUCACCCGAGUCGCUAGCUACCGGCCAGCUGUCGCUCGUGUCGCUACCUACCAGGCUGCUCCAGCUGUCACCCGCGUCUCAACCUACCGGGCUGCUCCAGCUGUCGCUACCUACGCCGCUGCUCCAGUUGUCACCUCCGGUUUCGGCCUCUCCGGCGUCGGCCGCUCCGGCCUCGGCUACUCUGGCUACGGUGGCUACGGCUAUGGUUCCGGCUACGGCUAUGGUUCCGGCUACGGCUAUGGUUCCGGCUUCGGUUAUGGCAACGCUGUCGGUUUUGGAAACGGCUUUGGCUACUCUGGUCUGACUGGCUACACUGUUGCUGCUCCUGCUGUGCGUCGUACCGUGUCCACCUACCACGCCGCCCCGGCCGUCGCCACCUACCACGCCGCUCCAGCUGUCGCCACCUACCACGCCGCUCCAGCUGUCGCCACCUACCACGCUGCUCCAGUUGCCACCUACGCCGCUGCUCCAGCCGUGACUAGGGUUUCCACCGUCCACGCUGCUCCAGCUGUGGCCAGCUACCAGACCUACCACGCUCCAGCUGUCGCCACCGUCGCCCAUGCCCCGGCUGUGGCUAGCUACCAGACCUACCAUGCUCCCGCUAUUGCCACUGUGGCCCAUGCCCCAGCUGUCGCCACCUACCAGACCUACCACGCUGCCCCAGCCAUCGCCACUUACGCCCACGCUGUUCCGGUCUACGGGUAUGGCGUUGGAUCCCUCGGCUACGGCGCCGGCAGCUAUGGCUAUGGUCACGGCCUGGGAAGCUACGGCCUGAACUACGGUUACGGCCUCGGCACCUACGGCGAUUACGCCACCCUCCUCCGCAAGAAGAAGUAAACACAAUCAAGGAACCAUCUGUUGCCAGAAGAUUUGCUGGGUUAUCAAAUUCAUGUGUCAUCUAAGUGUACAAUAAACAUUUCGAGAUGAA